AUGGUUCGAAAUACGGCACGUGGGGAGGUAGCUGGGUAUAUGGCUGAUUCAGUCCAUUGCGGGCGGUGGCGAGGAAAAGGGAGCGCACCUGCUCGGUUGGGAUGGGUUUCUUUUCCCCUCUUCCUCGACACAUCUCCAAACGACAGCUGCCCCUCAACCCUUUCCGUUUUGUGCCAAUGCCGAGUUGCCCAAAGUCAGUGUCUAGCGGGUGGUUGGCUGACACGCCGCUCUCGGUCGGCACUUGUCUGCAGAUCGACUUGGCCCGUCAGCGCGAGCCGACUGAUCGAGAGCGACUUGACUGACGUUCCAUCGGCUGCGCUUCUGUUGUUCGUGGCUUAUCACCACCGCAUCGCAACGCACGCGCCACAUCACUUAGCCAUCGCGCCUCUCUCAGCGUCCUCGAUUCCUGUCUCCGCGCUCCUUCGUAGCUCGAGUACGUUUGGGGCACCGCGCCCGCAAGUCAACAUGGCAGAGCAAGAUCGUCGGCCCACGGCGGUCCGUGGUGUCAUCAUCCACGCCACGGGACCAGAGCACCUGACUAUCCUCGAGGACGCGCUGCUCGCGGUCGACGCCAACGGCACCAUCAUAAGCCUAGAGGCGGGCGUGAGUCGACAAGACGUGGCCCCGAAGCUUGCCGCGCUUGGUCUGGAUCUGGACAAUUGCCGUCUCGUGGAGCUCUGUCCCGGCCAGUUCCUCAUUCCCGGCUUCGUGGACACGCACAACCAUGCUCCUCAGUGGAUGCAUCGCGGACUCGGGCAGGGGAUGCACAUCCUCGAGUGGCUGUCGUCGACGGCGUUCCCCAACGAAGCGCGCUACGAGGACCUGGAGCAUGCGGGAGCGGCUUACAGCGCCCUCGUCGACGGCAUGCUGCGCCAGGGGGUCACGACGGCCAGUUACUACGGCUCUCUGCACGGCGAGGCCACCCAGGUCCUCGCCGACAUCUGCCUGGACAAGGGCCAAAGGGCGCUGGUGGGCAAAUGCAACAUGAAUCGGGGCUCCCCGGACUACUACCGCGAUGCCAGCGUCGAAGACUCGGUUCGCGUGACGCGGGACUGCAUCCACCACAUUCGCAGAAUCGAUCCCAGCGGCAGCAUGAUACGCCCCGUGCUCACGCCGCGCUUCGCCAUCUCCUGUGAACCCAAGCUCCUGGCUGAGCUAGGGACCAUGGCCGCUGAGCACCCAGAUAUGGCGAUCCAGACGCACUUCAACGAGUCCGAGCAAGAGGUCCGCGGCACUCGGGCCUUGUUCCCUGACUUCUCCAGCGAGGCCGACCUCUACCACCACUAUAGAUUGCUGGGUCCUCGGACCAUCCUCGCCCACUGCACCAUUAUGACGCCGUACGAAAUCCGGCGCCUGCGUGACCUCGGCUGUGGCGUGGCUCACUGCCCGACGGCCAACAUGACGGUCGGCGGGGGCUUCAUGGCCGCGCCGAUCCGCGAGUUCAUGAGGCAGGGCAUCACGGUCGGUCUGGGAACGGACUCUGGCGGCGGCUACUCGUCGUCGAUGCUCAAUGCCAUGCGCCAUGCGCUCAUCGCCUCGUUCGCUCGCGACUUCAUGGACGCCAAGGAUGGCAGCGGUGCCCUCUCUUUGGAGGAAGUCUUCUACAUGGCCACGGGAGGCGGUGCCCGAGUUGUCGGCUUUGGUGACUCCGUGGGAGACUUUGUGCCCGGCAAGCAGCUUGAUGCGCUCCUUGUCGACAUGCGCGAGUCCCGGGGCGGUGUGAAUGCGCCACUUCAGGCUGGUGAUUCAUUGCGGAUCAUGUUUGAGAAGUUUAUCAUGACGGGAGACGACCGUAAUAUUGUUCAAGUGGUGGUCCGCGGUAAGGUGGUCUUGGACCGAACUUGA